GUUUGUUUAUAUUUUUCGUGACAUGUUUUGACAUCUAGAAAAGAAAUUUUUAAUCGUAAAUGACGCGUCGCGAUUGCUAUUUUCGAUUUUAUGUUGUCAAAUUUAUCAUUAGUGUGAUAAAAUUUGUUAAUAAUAAUAUCAGUGUAGUGGGUGUAUUUCAAAAACGAUAAAUAGUGACUUGGAAGAAUAUUGUGCGUGAAAUCUCUGGUAUCAGGCGAUCGUGCGAAAGGGAGGUUAUUGUUUUCAGUGGAAAAAAACUGUAGAUUGCUAAGAAGCUGAAAAAGAAGAUUUGUUUUGAAAAACAUCAUUGGUACAUUUUUUGACAAACAAUAUAAUGGCCAACGUCCAGACAAGCUAUCUGACGUCACACCUGAAAUCGAAAUAUCUCGAUGUAGUGAAAAAGCAAUUCGUCAUUUAUCCACGAUUUUUUUGAUCCGUGAAAUUUCUCCUUUACUUAACUGUCUUUGUCGAUAGGGGACACAUUCACACAAGUGAAUCGGCGAAAAUCUAUCUCAACCACUAAGUUUUUGUUUCGUACGACCAGAAUACAUAUUAUUUAAAACAAAUCAAGGAAAAUUAGCUGAGAAGAGAAUUCAAUUAAAAGUGAAAAAUGAAUGUGGAAGAAAUGUUUGAAAAAUUAGAAAAAUGUAUUGAAAAUGAAUUAGGAUCAGAAAAUGAACAAACGAGCACAGGGAAUAAUGAAAAUCUAAGUAUCAAUAAUAAUGAAUCGAUUAACGAUGUAAGCGAAAACAGCAGAAAUGAACCUCCUCUAGGAGAGCAAUUAUUAAUGUUCAAUAAUCAAUUAUCAAAUACUGAAGAUUCAAUUGAUAAUUCAAUCAUUAAUAUAACAGGUUAUGUUGAAUAUAUAAGUCCAUUUAAGCAUGGAAGAUUUAUUUUAAUGAUGUAUUUUGUAUUAAAUAUCAAUCGCAAAAAGUUCAAAGUAGUUGUUUGGAAAAAUGAAAUUCAAAGAAUACAAACGCUUUUAGAAUUACAUAAUGUUCUUUACAUUGAAGGUGCUAGAGUAAAGAAAAUUAAAAAUCAAAAAUUCAGUAUUAAUGGCGAAAAAUACGAAUUUUUUAUUCACAAGAGUACCAAAGUAACCAAACUUGGUGUAAUGGUUCCCCACAUUUGAUGAGAUUUACGAUUUUUUUCAAUUAAAAGUAUUGUGGUUAAUAAUGUUUAAAAAUGAAUGAUCAUUUUAUGAAAAGUCAGUCCCAAACGAUGUCAUCAUCAAUUCAAAUACAAAAAAACAAAAAUUAUUUUAUCAACAACUAUUGAUGAAUUUGAGGCUCACUCAACAAAACUCAUGGAUUCGUUAAGCAAGAUUAAUGAUCUUGGAAAAAGUAGCGAACCUCAUUCGCACGAAGGAGACGAUGAAGAAAUGAGAGUCCCGGAACCGGAACCGGAACCUGAACCGAAAGAUAACGAAAUAAUCUUCACAUCGAAUGAAGAAUUUGAUGCCAUUGAACCAAAUGAUACGAGUCUCGAGGUUACGGGUUACGUUGACAAAGUUACAGCCUCUAAAAUUGUCGGGAGGAACACGAAGUACAGAGUUAUGUCGUUCAUUUUAAACAAUGGUUCUGGGACAAGAUGUAUGGUGUCAGUGUGGGGAAAGGAGAUUGACAGAAUUGAACCUGACUUGCAAGUUAACAUGGUUUUACUCAUCGAAGGAGCUGAAGCUUUAAGUUUCAAAGAUCCCAAAUUUAAUGAAGGGACAACAAGUUACCAAUUAAAUGUUAAGGAACACACGAAAUUUACUGUUUUAAAAUCUGAAAAUUGCAAACAAAUGGAAAACAUCAGAAAACCUAAAACUAUUGAGUUCGAGGAUGCUUCUUCUGAAAGCGGAUUUGUCAAAAUUAAAGGUUUUAUUAAGUCGGCUUUUCGUCUUCUCACAUACACCACAAACGAAGAACACAUUUGGUAUGGAGUUGGAACAUUGACAAAUGGAAAUUAUAAAAUGGAGAUCAGAAUUAAGGACUUUGCAGCGGAUACAGAAUAUCUAGAGAAAGGAGACCAUGUAGAAGUAGAAGGAAUUUUAAAAUUUACAAAAUACGAGAAAUUGAUUUAUCUAUCAAUUGACAACACCAAGUGCAUCAAAAUAAUUGAUGAGAAAAAAAUGAAAUAUUUUGAAAUUACAAAAUGCAACAAUUCUCUUGUUAAAAUAAUGUAAUAUUCAAUGUCAUUUAAUGUCAUUUAACAAUUGUUUCUCAAUUCAAUAAAAAAUAAAAAUUA